AUGGCGGGGAUUCCACGAGUGGGCGGUGUCGUCGUCGUGUCGCUUGUGGUGGCGGCGGCACUGCUGUUGGUUGCAGUGCCGCAGCAUGCUCGAGCCGCAUCUUCCUCCGCAACAGCAACAACGACGCCAAGCAGCACAACACAGGCUACACUGUGUCAUGUUGACGAGGGUGCCCUCGCCCGCAUCUACCCAAUUGUGCACAACUGCACUCACCUUGAGGCCGGCCAGACGUGCGUGUCCCAUUGCGACGAGAGUCGGCAGUUUAGCGGCGAGCCGUUGAGGAUCAAGUGCACAAGCAGCGGUGUCACAGACCCUCCCUUCCCGCAGAUGCAGUGCACCCGAAGGCGCCACCACAUUCAAACCACAGAAGACGGCAUUGUCAUCACUGCAUAUCAGGGGGAUGUGAUAGCUCGUGUGGGCGAGACGACGGUGGGCGUGCUUGAGCUUGACGCAGACGUGAGCACCAUCCACACGCGCCUCAGUGAAAUUGAGGCCCAAGACCUGAACCCACGCGUCGAGGACUUGGAGCAGGGCUUCCCGCUGCUGUCUUCAGAGCUGUCGGCAGUCAACGCUUCUCAGAGCGCCCAGGUUGCCGCAUCCGUCUCAAGUCUGCGUGCUGAUCUUUCAGACGCCGUGAAUGAUGCUAUGCAAAGUCGGCAAGACCUUGACACCGAGCUUCGCACUCGCAUCACCGCCGCCGAAAAUACCGCUCGCACAAACAUCGAGAAUGCCACCGCCCUCCUUUCCCAGCAAGUCGCUGCUGCAUCUUUGAGCCUCGAGUCCGAACUGCAAGACCUGAACACGGCAUUUUCAGAAGUGGUGGACAACGCGCUCGAGUCUGUUGGCUCUGUCGAAUCACGCGUCGACAGCCACGACACCACCCUGUCUGCGCAGACCGCCGACAUCUCCACGACCAGCAUGGAACUCAGCGCCGUCGCUGAACGCGUCGAUACGGCGGAAGAGGACAUUGACCUUGUGCAAGGUAUGGCAGGGUUUGACUGA